ACGAAAAUUGGAAAGUUCUAUCUUACACAGCUCACAGCUCACUGGACCAGGCAGGCCAGGAUCAGGAUUAGGAACAGAGUCAGGACCUCGUUUGCAUCUACUUCUUCAAGUUCUUGGUUUAUUUUUUUUUCCAAAAUAGAAUCUGAAAGUCAGUGUGUGAAUCGUCAAUCAUAGACAUAGUCAUAGAUUCAUUGUCACUGCAGAAAGUGCGUACGGUAGUGCAGUGCAGAGCUGAGCAGAAGUUACUCUCAAGUCUUGGGACGAUCAUAUUUUAAAUUUUGGCUGGAGCCUGGUUUGGAGGGGGAGAACUGUACAUAUUGAGGCCUUUUGUAAGAGGAUGAAUGGGAUGCUUUAAGUUAUCGUAAAUAAAUUGUUCAACCAAAAGAAAAUUUAGACCAGGCCAACUCACUACUGCUGUGAAUGUGAUUGGUUGCAGAGAACUUGACUCAAAUAUUGCUGUGAUCAGCCUCUGACAAGUCACAAGUACAAGUCAAUUCCUAUCAAGUCAAGAUCUAUACCAGUAGUACCAGUACCACCAGUUUAAACUCUUUGAGAUCGAGGCAACUUGAAGUGAACGAUGGCAUUGGAAGCCUUGCAAAGAGUUGAUGAAGUGGACAUUGAUGGAUCAGGGCGAUUCAAGUAUAUACUGAUUAAACUAUCAGUUGGAGACCAAUCAAAGUAUAUUGUCAGAGGUUACAGGCGGUGUGGAUAUCACGCGGAUAUCUAUGACGAGGUAACUCCUGCGCUUGAGAAGCAAGGUAUUCAAUGUGACUGUCCAGGAGGGGGAAGAAUCGAGCAUGACAAGAAUGCCAAGACAAUUCUGGUAUAUGGAUACUCCAUGGGGUUUGGACAGGCUGACCACAGCAUAGCAGUGAAGAUCCUGAAGAAGAAGUACCCAAGCUAUACCAGUAUUACAUUCAACAACGAGGGCUAUUGAUGUAUAAAUAAGGUUCAAGAUGGUUGCAUUCACAUUUGGUGAACACUGCCAAUUUGGACUAAAGAUAUCCAUUGUCAAUUUCAUCUUACCAUGUACUGGAAAGGAAUGAUUUUGCGUAACUUUUAGGAGGUCUAUGCAUAUUAAGUCAUAAUGAUGAACUAGGGCAGGUCUAAACUCAAGAUAUUUGUGUAGUUCAUCUGACUAUUUGCCAGGAGAGAAAGAUUUGACAUGAGUUUUUGGCAAUAAAUAUUAACCUACAAAUACAUGCAAAAAUCAAUGAUGGUUAUGAAUCAACAUUAAAUAGUAAUGAUAAUAUGCAAAAUUUUUAUUGCCUCACUACAAUGUUUCUGGUUUCUAAGCACUGUAUACUAUUACCCCGUCAUUACAGCUCCUCUUAUUAGGUGCUUGAGUAUGUAAGCAAUUUCUUCCUUCUGGGUAACCAUUUACAACACUUGGGUGGAGAGUGGCAAAUAUGGAUAAACACCUAGUUAAAGUGACACACAAGUGCUGCAGUGGAAUUUGAACCCCAGACUUUGUGGUUCAAAGUCCAGAGACUUAUCCACUGAACCGCAAUACCUCUUCUAUUAAACACCUCUCUAUUAAAUGAUAACAAGAGGACUAGUAAAUGCUGAUAGUGACAUCAGUAGUUGACCAGGUAUCCCUUAUCAAGAGGCAUCAUCUAGAAAUAAAGUUUAAUCUGGAUUUUCUUAAAAUUUCACAUGAAUCCAUCCUUUGUUGCUCUUUUGGCCAAUUUUUAAUAUUUUUUUAUGGGGGUGGGGGGAUUUAUUGUGCUUUCCAAUUUUGCACAUGAAAACAAUGAGAUAGUCGAAUUUGAAACAAAAAAUCUACUUCAGUGUUCUCAGUAUUUGCAUGAUCACUGGUGCAUGAAUCAGUGUAUACAGGAAUGUUAUAACUAGCUGGGCUAGUGUGUGAUGGUUUUGCUAGAGUGUAUAUUUGGUGGGAGCAUGGAUUAUGAGUACAAUGCCAACAAGAUGGGUAGUCAUCUUACUAGUGGUCUUUUGGUUUAAUAUUGUGCCAUGCAUCAUUCACAUGCGAGUAAAGGUGGUGACCGCGCACUUGGCUCUAUUGCCCAGGGUGCUACAAAAGCACUUGCCCGAUUGCCUGGGGCAAGUAAAAGUUAGAGUAGGGCAAGUGUUUUGAAGUAAAGACCAAAACUAC